AAGGUGAACCUCACCGGAUGUUGGUAGAAGAGGCUGGUGCUCAGAACCAACUCCAGCGGUAACUCCCGCAAUGGAAGGACUGUGGUACUAUAUUUUCUACCUGUACGGAGUCUUUGUGGAUGCUUUCUCCUUGUGCAAAGACCCUGUGAAGUUGCAAGCAAGUGAACUAAACCGAGAUCAGUACCUUGGCAGAUGGCUUUUCGUAGCCGCUGCUUCAUCGUCCCCUUCCUCAUUGAGGACAUUUACCAGCCUGGACAGCACUCUAUUUAGCAUGACACAGAGCAACAACUCAGAGCAGCUGCAACUGCGGGCGGCCAUCCGGUUGAAGACAGGCCAGUGUGUUCCCAAAUCAUGGGUUUACUUGCUUAAGGAAGGGAGUGCUGAUCUGGCAACAGAAGGUCGGCCCCACAUGAAGACAGAACUGUUCUCAGCCAAGUGUCCGGACUCCAUCAUUGUCCAGGAAACGGACCAAGACUAUCAUAGAAUCCUUUUGUAUUCUCGUGUCCUCCAUCCUGCUGAAGAAUGCAUUGAGGAUUUCAAGGACAAGGCAUCCUGCCUUGGAAUGGAGGAAUUCCUUCUUAUCCCAAGGACCCAAGAGUCUUGUGAAUUCCAAGAUGUUUGACCUUCGAACUUAUAGCUCCAGCUCCGUUGUGGCAGGAAUUAAUCAUCCAUGGGAAGUUGAGUUGCCUCGUUUUCUCGGAGAGCGGAUUUCUUCACACGUCUUGUCAAGUUAAAUAAAAUUCCUUGCAUUGUG